AUGCAUAAGGAUGGUGCAUCUGGUAUUGAAAGAAACCUGGAUACAAUAAAGACUUUAACAGACAACUUUUCUAGUGAAUACAAACGAGAUAAACAUUACAAAGAUCUUGGUACUUAUAUAUAUCCUCAACAAUAUGUUUUGGCUGUUGGAAAUGUUGAAUUUUCUAAAGGAUUGAGAAAACAAGUUUUAGGUACGGGACAAUUCAUAGCUAUUCGUCAUGUUUUAGCAAGAUUUUUAUCAAUUCCCGGUGUUUUUGUAGCUAUCGAAAAAUACAUACAUGAUUGCAAUUACUUGUCUUCAGUUCUUAAUAUCGUUCAUAGUCCAACGUGGUUGGAAAUUAGUCAAACAGAAAAUAUUAACGAGAAAAUUUACCCAUUGUUACUUUAUUACGAUGAAUUUGAAACAGGAAACCCACUAUCCAGUCAUGCUGGCAUUCAUAAAUUGGGAGCAGUAUACACAUCAAUAGCAUGUUUACCUCCACAUUUAGCAUCUAGUAUAAAAUACAUUUUUCUGUUUGCUCUUUUCCAUUAUUCUGAUCGUUUAACGAAAGAAGGAAACCAAGCGGCUUUUCAUUUAGUCAUUGAUGAAUUAAAAUAUUUAUCAACGGUAGGCAUUACAUUGAACAUUCCAGAAUUUCAGGGCACUAUUAAAUUCAAAUUGGGGGCGCUAAUAGGAGAUAAUUUAGGACUUCAUUCCGUGCUAGGAUUUGUUGAAAGUUUCAAUGCCAAGUAUCCGUGUCGAAUAUGUAGGGCUAAUAAAGAACAAGUCCAACACAUGUGUUCCGAAGACAUUUCUUUGUUACGAAACGAAGAAAAUUAUUUUGCUGAUGUUGAUACUAACAACGUUAGUGAAACAGGGGUCAAACAUAAAGCAAUUUGGUAUAAACUUCCUGAUUUUAAUCUUUUUAAGCACGUUGCCGUUGACAUGAUGCAUGAUAUUCUAGAGGGUGUCGCUAAUUAUACUAUGUCUUUAGUUAUAAACUCGCUAUUAGUAAAAAAAUAUUUUACUCUUAAAGAAUUGAAUAGCAGAGCAGAGAGUUUCGAUUAUGAUUGUGACACUAAUAGUAAACCGCCUCUAUUGUCCUCAGAAAGUGCUUUCAAAAUUAAGUGGAAAAUGUCAUCAAUUGAAACCCUAAACUAUGUGAGAUACUUUUCCUGCUUAAUAUCUCACAAGGUACCUGAUAAUGAUGAACAUUGGCGUUUGUAUAUCUUAUUAAGACGCGUAUUAGAUUUUGCGAUGACUGAUUGCGUUGAUACUAUUGUUUGCGAUCGACUAAGAUGGACAGUGACAGAAUUUAACAGUUUGUACUUGCAACUCAGUUCAACCCCUCUGAAACCUAAAUUUCACUAUUUAAUCCACUAUCCAGGAAUGAUGCAAAAAUUAGGUCCCCUACAUAACUUGUGGUCUAUGAGAUAUGAAUCUAAGCAUAGAACAUUAAAAAUAGCAGCAAGAAGUUCAAUGAAUAGG